AUGGACAAUCAUCUCAAGGGAUCAACUGUCGGUCGACAACAACCAUCUAAACAAACAACAGCAGCGGACAGUCGUCAGCCGACAAACAAUCGAGUGGCCAGGGAUGUGGCGGCGGCGGCCACCAGACCGGCCAAAGAUCAGUAUAUGAUGUUCAAUCCAAAUGAUCCGCCCAAAGUCGACUGGCCGUCGAUGUUGAAUCUAAACAAACUAACCGAUCAACCGACAACUGUUGGUGGCCAUACGACAACCCAUGUUACCGAUACUAACAACAACCAAACGGUUUCCACAGUUGAAACCCGCAAUAUUCAACAAGCGACCGAUAGUAGUAGCACCGGUAGUAGUAGUAGUACUCAACCUAACCCCCCAUCAAACAUAUGUCUAGAGUGCGGACAGUUUACCCAUGUAUUUACCGAUCGUAUUGUUGGCGGUAUUAAUGCCAACUUAGGCGAGUUUCCCUGGCAGGUCAGUAUGCAGCGGCAACCCGGCUCACGUAAACACUUUUGCGGCGGAUCUAUAAUCAGCGAACAUUGGAUACUAACGGCAGCUCAUUGUGUGGAAAGUAUGAAAUAUACGUAUACUCCCGGCUCGAUUCGGAUAGUGUUGGGCACAGUUGACUGGCGUAACACUCAGUCGGGUAGUCCGCAAAUGAUAGCCAUCUCGCGUAUUGUCGUACACGACGGCUGGAAUCGUAAUACUGGCCAAAAUGAUAUUGCAUUGUUACAAACGGCCGAACCCAUACAGUUUAGCAAAUCGACCGACGGUACCAUAAUGGCCAACAAAGUUUGCCUAUCAAACAAUGCCAAUACCGAAUACACUGGUAUGGCUACAUCAUCGGGUUGGGGUUAUCUCAAUAAAAACUCCCGAGUAUCGCCCGAUUUGAUGCGCAAAGUGGACAUACCUAUUGUCGAUCAUAAUACCUGUCGCAAUGCCUUCAAUCGGGUAAUAGCCGUCACCCAGAAUCAGGUUUGCGCCGGUCAGGCGCCGAAAGGCAAUUGUAUGGGUGACUCUGGUGGCCCACUGGUACAGACCACUGGCAAUAAGGCCACACAGAUAGGCAUCGUAUCGUUUUCCAUACCCUGUGCAGUACACGGCUAUCCCGAUGUUUUUACCAAAGUUUCCCGUUAUCUCGAUUGGAUUAAUCAACACACUGGUGGUGUCGCCCGGGAAGGUUAA